GCCCACCUCGUGACCUGACGGGGGCUGGCCCAGCUCGCCCCAGCUCUGGAAGAGUGGGCGGGGCAGGAGGAGCCUUAUAAUUGGAUGAAUCUGGGAUCCCUGAGUCCUGCUCAGCCCAGGAGGCGCGAAGGACACCGUUCCCCGGGAGCUGGUUGGCCAAUCUCAAGCCAGAAGAUGAAGGCUCUGUGGGUUGCGUUGGUGGUCACGCUCCUGGCCGGAUGCCGGGCGGAGGUGGAGCCGGAGCCAGACGUGCAGCUGGGGCAGGAGCAGCCCGAAUGGCAGGGCAGCCAGCCCUGGGAGCUGGCUCUGGGUCGUCUCUGGGAUUACCUGCGCUGGGUGCAGACGCUGUCUGACCAGGUGCAGGAGGAGCUGCUCAGCACCCAGAUCACCCAGGAACUGACGGCGCUGAUGGAGGAGACCAUGAAGGAGGUGAAAGCCUACAAGGCGGAGCUGGAGGAGCAGCUGAGCCCUGUGGCCCAGGAAACCCGGGCCCGCCUGUCCAAGGAGCUGCAGGCGGCGCAGGCCCGGCUGGGCACGGACAUGGAGGACUUGCGCAGCCGCCUGGCGCAUUACCGCAACGAGGUGCAGGCCAUGCUGGGCCAGACCACCGACGAGCUGCGGAACCGCCUGGCCUCC